CGUCACCAGGUUUCCUUGCUUCCUUUCAACCUAAUCUUUUUCACUACAGUUCCCAAUUUUCCGUGGGGUGCGACCUAGACAUCGGUUCUAAUUGGCCUUGUUUUCCUUUUCUCUGUUUCUAUUUCAGUACGAUAUUUGUUGCUAUCUUUUCAGGGAGCACGGUUCAUCUCGCCCCUCCUAGUGGCGCCAACCGCAUAUUGUUUUGAAGUUAAGGAGGGAUAUUAAUACGGCUGCUUGAUUUACAGCACGAUCUACCAUGGACUCCAUGCGGUCAUUGAACACAUCACUACCUAGCUCGACUCCUCGCCCUCAACCUCCUGAACAACUUUUACAAUCGUUCAAAGCGGCCGCACUGUCUGUUACCAAUCUUUAUAAAAACGCAGUCUUCGAGCAAUCACAGGCGAAGCAAGCUGGCUACCAGGAAGCAAUUGAGGACCUACUUCAUUUUCUAGACAAGGAAAGCCUUGGCCUUGCCGGUGGAGAAGGAACGAAAAUCCGACAAUGGGCAAUUGAAAGGAGUGAUGGAACCGGGACUCCGAGCGACGAUGACGAGCCUGAGAAACAACAUCGAAGCACUAGCCCCGUUGCUACACGCAAGGAACAAACCAAGCCAGAAGGCGCCCGACAGCCACCCAAGUCGACCUCGACUGAUGAGCCCGUUGCUACGCAGCAACAGACCCCACUUUCCAACCCUCAAGUCACCGAGGCAAAUACCCUUGAUAGACCAGCAGUCUUUACUUUCACUGCUGGGCCUUCAUUUCCCCCAUGCCAAGAACCUGAUGUAGAUAUGCAAUCCUCCGACAGCUCAACUGCCUCAUCUCAAGAUAGUUCACCUGUGAGUGUAUCUGUCCUUCCUCGGACCUCUCGGCAACAAGCUCGGCACAACAACUUGUCACGGACGAAUCCUCGAGCAUCCACACGGGAACCUUCCGUCGGCGCGGGCUCAAAACGAAAGUUUGCAGUUCCCGAUUUUUUCGACAUAUCGGGGUUAGGGAAUAGGGAUAUAUUUGGGGGCGGCAAACGUGGCCGUUUCACCUAGAGAAUAUAGUAUCGACGAUUGGACGAACUUCAUAUUCUUAUGGUAACGCAGCGGUUUGAUUGAUAUUUUGAGUUCACGGUGCAUUUGGAGGGAGUCUCGCAUGUGGUCCUCUUUCGGCCACCUCUUGUUGUCUUCAUUUUCCAGCCUUUGUCUUCAUUGCUUUCCUGUUU